CACUAUGCAUUGUCAAACACUAUCUCCGCACAGAAGUGCAAAGUUUGUCAAAAUAGUCUCAUUUCAAACCAGGAAAUAAUAUUUGUAAUGAAAUCAACGCAUAAACUUUAAGACCCGAAGUAAUAUUGUGACUCUGAAAAUGCCUCCACAAGAAGAAUUUGUCAACUGUACAGUAUGCCAAACAAGUACGACUAGAUUCACAAUAAUAAAAGGAGAUCGUCUAUGCAGUCAAUGUCUUACGGCAUCCACAUAUGCGAGCAAUGUCUCUACUUUCAAGGUAGAAUUCGUGCACUCCGACGAAAAUGGUUCGAACAAAACUGGACCACCUAAUGAAAGUUUGGCUGUGAAGAUCGAAAGCACUGCUGAUUCUAUUCGUAGCCAAGUUAUCAAGACUGAGCCAAACGCUGAUGAUGGUCAUGGAUCAAUACCUUGCGGUGAAAAUUAUUUCGAAAGAACAGUUGGUGCUUAUAGAAGCGGAUCGCUUCCGGAGGGUGUACUUGUUCAGAUUCCGAGUGACUUGAGACAUGAUCCUCAUACUCGAGACAAUCUCGGGAACGCGAGUUCUAGUAUUACUCCAGCAUCUCAUCUCAACGAUCACUCGAUACAAGUUAAACUAGAACGGAUUGAAGAGGAUGACGAUGACAAAGUUAUGCAAACUGAGUCACAGAGCCAUUCCGCUGUCCAAACUACCGAGGAUACACCCAUCAAGGAAGAAAUAACCUUUGAGGAACCAUGCAUGCGGGAGGUUGAUCUGGGCCCCAUCGAGAGAAAACCGUCAGUAAAGUGUCCACAUUGCGAUAAAUGUUUCCCAAAUCGGGGAUCCCUCCAUCAGCACGUGCGGCGUAUUCAUGAAGCCAAACCACUGAAUUGCGAUGUUUGCGAUGCGCAGUUUGCCAACACCGAUCGGCUCAACUAUCAUAAGCGCACAGCCCACGAAUCACCUCAGCUGCAGUGCCCGCAAUGCCCGAAAAAGUUCGCCCUACCCAACGGUCUAAAAAAGCACAUCCUGACGCAUUCCGCGCCCAAAAAGGACCGCCGACCGGAAUGUGACAUCUGCGGGCGGAAGUUCAAGUCCCGUGUCCGGCUGCAGCAGCACAUGGAGCGAAAAACGGUCCAUCAGGAGCGGAAGUGUCCCGUCUGCGAAGUGGUAAUCAUGGGCUUCGAGCGCUUCGAGGAACAUAUGACCACCCAUCCAAAACCACCGAAGACGCCCCAUCGGUUGAAGGAAUUCAAAGUUGCUUGCAAGUACUGUGAUCAUAAGACUACGAGCAAGACGUUGCUGCGGAAGCACAAUGAUGAAUGCCAUGCCGAGGAACGAACCAUUCGCUGUCGGAUCUGUUUCAUCUGGUGUAACGGUAGGGAUCUAUUCGAGAAGCACGUUCAGGAAGAACAUCAGGGUAAUCAGCGGCAAUGCGAGAUCUGUUUAGAGGGCUGCGUAGAGCUCGCCGAGUUGGAGGAGCAUAAACGGAACUGUCUGGGUCGAUUGCUGUUCAAGUGCCAGGCUUGUCAAGAGAGGUACGUAAAGCAGGAAGCAGCCCAGAAGCACGUGGAGCAACAUCAAGAAUCUGAAGGAACUAGCCAAAAUGUGAUCACGGAAAUACGAAGUUUACAGAAGAUCUUCAACUGCGCUCUAUGCGGAGAUGAUCGCGCGUACGAAGAAGAACUGUACAAUACGCACGUCAAGGACGUUCACAACGGCUACCAUAUUCUCUGUCCGGAUUGCGGAGCGAAGUUCCGUCUUCACAGAAGCUUCGUCAAUCAUCGAUCCAGCCAGUGUCAGUUUGGCGAAAGGUCCAAGGACAAAGUCUCCACUAUGUACGCACCUGUGAUAACCCAAUGUGAGCAUUGUCCUCGAUCGUUCAAGAAUCGCUGGCGAAUGGAGGAGCACAUCCGUCGAAUUCACAAGGCCAAACCGGCCGAAUGCGACAUAUGUGGUUUGAAGCUGGCCAGCGCAAGUCUGGUGAAAUCGCACAAGCGAUCGGUCCAUACCGAGGCCAGCAUUCAAUGUCCGCACUGCGAGAAGAAGUUCGUCAGUAAGUACUACUUCCAAAGUCAUUUGCUUUGCCACCAAGAAGGCACCCACCUGUGCGAAGAAUGCGGUGGAAAAUACAAGACCAAGCAGAUCCUGAAGAAGCACAUCGAUCGAGUUCACAAUCCGAACAAGGGCCCGCGCAUCAAGAUCGAACCCGGCGGAGAACAGCCGUCGUCCGCCGCUUCUUCAGCAGGUUCUACCGAGCUCGUCAAGUGUGCGAUUUGCGAGAAGGAUUUCAAGGGACCGGAGCGACUGCGGAUUCACAUGAAGAUUCACGAUCCCAACCGGAAGCAGUACGCGUGCGAGAUGUGCGACGCAACGUUCGUGACGAGAAUCGGACUGCGGCAGCACAUGGCCAACGAGGACGUUCACCAUGAGGUGACCUGUGCGGUUUGUGGUACAUAUUUCCGCAGCAGGGAUCGGUACGAGGAGCACAUGCUGAGGCAUGCGGAUGGGACGAUUCAAGAAUGAUGGGAUGCAAAAUACAAGUUAUUUAUUCAUUUAACAAAUAUUUUAAG